AUGUCCAAUUGGAGCCGAAAGGUAUUCCGCCUGCGCAGGAUACCGGGCCACGUUUCGGCGCCACAGCAGGCUGCCCAGCUGCUUGGCGUGGCGUUGGGUGUCAACCCCGACCAUGUCUUGGUUCACUCUCUUGCUACAACCUCGGACCGUUGGGAGACCCCUCCAUCAAAGGUUGCUACGUUGCAGUUCGACGGAGAUGCCGUGUUGUCAUAUCUUGGGGAUGAUCCGGCGCGUCAAGAAUGGGAGAUUUCGCUGCCCGUCGAGGGCGGAGACAAACUUGUCCUUGACAAUCACUUUGGGGGGCUGACUGCUCUCAACCAUGUUGAAACUUCCAGCCAUCGUGCAGACUGCAUCGCCAUUUCUGGCUUGGCUAGCCACGCGUUCGGGUCGUGGCAACCUCAUGGCGGAGACAAGUCCUAUAUGUGGAUCAGAGACGAGAUCUCGAAAUCACUACCUGGUGUGCGGGCAAUUAUCUAUGGGUACGACUCCAAAAUUAUCGACAGCGACUCUUUCCAGUCAAUCAGUGAUAUCGCACUUGGUCUCAUCCACCAGCUCAAAGCGGGCGGCUGGAAUCUGCCGUCGGCGAAGCCAAUUGUGUUUCUCGCCCAUAGCCUGGGUGGCAUUGUUCUCAAAGAAGCGCUUGUCCAAGUAGCAGAUCGAGAUGCAGCAUUUUCCAGCAUUGUUGAGAAUGUACGAGGCGCUAUCAUGUUCGGCGUACCAAGCCUGGGAAUGCUACAGUCGCAUCUGAUGGCCUUGGCUGAGGGACAACCCAACGAGAACCUCAUACAAGACCUGUCCCGUGAGAAUGGAAGCACUUACCUACGGCAGCUCAACAAGUCAUUUGAAGGAAUAUCAUUCACUCGGAACACCAGAGUCUUCUGGGCUUAUGAGACCAAGGAGUCUCGGACAGUUAUUCGACGGUCGGAUGGAACUUGGGAAAGAAACGGCCCGCUAGCAGUAUUGGUUAAUCCAGACUCAGCUACUUGCCACCACAACCGGAGUCGCAAGAAUAGAGUAUACACUAUUCCCAUCAACGAGGAUCACACAAACAUGGUCAAAUUUUCCCGAGGAGAGCCUAAUCUGGGCGUUAUCUUGACUGUCCUCACUGAUCUUUGCUUUACUAGAGAUGAACAUCACCACACCCACACUCAUCUCCCCUUUGGUGACGCGAAGAUGGAGGGCAUGUCUCGACAGAAUCCCUACUUGGUCUCGCCAAGCUCUCCCAAGGAUGCCAAGGACAUACAGAGCCAUGAGGCUAUCGAAGAGCUUGGCCAACUCCUUCAAUCAAUUGAAAGAUCGAUUCAGUCACUUACAUGGUCUGUAGAGCUACAGGCCGAACUGUACUCCCCCGAGCUGGACUUUCGGAUUGACUCCAUACAAGACCCGUUUCAAAACACUUUCAAGUGGAUCUUUGAUAUGCCUGAAUUUUCUGACUGGCUUAUACAUGGUACAGGUUUGUUCUGGAUUCACGGUAAGCCCGGAUCUGGCAAGUCGACGCUUAUGAAAUACAUCACAAGGAGCAGGCAGACACAGGAGCUUCUGCACGACUGGACUACGGGUGCACUGGAAGUCCAGGCCAGUUUCUUUUUUCAUUACCGCGGUACAGCUCUACAGAAAUCGUUUGAAGGUAUCAUGAGAAGCCUCAUCCUGCAGAUUCUCUCUGCCCACUCUGAAAGCUUUCUCACGCAACAUCGGCCAAUCUGGGAGAGCUAUGCAAAGCACCAAGCGGUCGAGAAACUCCUUGUAGCGGAGAAGGCGAACGCUGAGUUAACUGUGAUCGCCAUCAAAGGUUCCAUCGAAGAAGUCCAGCAGCGACAAGCCGGAUUGGGUACGACCGACAGAAAAGUUGACCAUGAAAUGCUUGGUGAAUAUCAGACCAGGCAGAGGCUCAUCCUAUCAGAACUUCGAGACCUGGAAGAGAAAAUUCGUAUAGUACAGAGAGACAUGUUGCAGGCAGCCAACGUAUAUUGGCCAUAUCGUAUAUUGCCCGAGGCCAAGUUCUUAACCAACCUUGUCAAAAACUCUCAAGAAGAUGAUAGCGCCCUCAUUUUCAAGCUCGAAAAGCUCCUACGUGCUCUUCUGGACCAGAGCAUCAAAAGUAUGGAUCUGGUCCUUUUCUUUGAUGCUCUGGAUGAGUUUGAUGGACACCUUGACAGAAUAAGCAAGUUUAUCACGAGCUUGUCAAAUGUGUCAUCUGCUUCCACCACUCGAGUCAAGGUUUGUCUUUCUAGCAGACCGUGGAGGGCGCUUCAUUCCCAUUUCGACUCCUGUCCAAACUUUGGGUUACAGGACUUCACCAAAGCCGACAUUGCGACCUAUGCCGCAGGCUCGUUGGCCGAAUCUCGAAUAUCCAAUCCUUCAUUCAUAGAUCUCAUCCCAGUCAUUAUUUCUCGCGCAAAUGGUGUUUUUCUAUGGGUGAGACUGGCUGUGCGGGAACUUCUCCUUUCGAUCGCGAGUAAUUCAAUUCCUGCUUCUAGACGACACCUAGAGAAGAGACUUGAGAUGCUUCCAGAUGACCUUCACGAUUUUUAUCGUCUGAUUAUUGAGCGAAUUAGCCUUCUGAACCGCCGCAAAACAUAUGUGUUGCUCGAAUUGCUCCUCCGGCAGCAGGACCCUCAACCCACUGCCGAGGAUAUUAGACGUGCCGUUCUCACCUCCGACUGCGCGACCUGGGAUAAAGCACAAGAAGAAUUAACAGAGGAUUAUGAACUCAUUUCUCAUGACAGGCGGUCGGUCAAGGAUAUUGUGCGCGACGAUAUCUUAACUUGGGGCGGUGGGCUUGUCGAGAUUAAGCGAAAUCACCCACAAUUCAUGCACCAGACUGUCCUUGAACUUGUCCAGGACCUUACCUUUAAGAAGAGCGUACUUGGAGAGCUUGCUGUCGUCUUGAAGGAGAAUGGCCAUUCGUUCCAUCUCAAGUACUGGAUUUCUGCCUGGAGUUAUGGUUACAGGGGCACGAAUGAGGGUUUGGAAGGGAAGCGGAUUGCGUACCAUGCUGAGCAUUCAGAGCUUACAACCGGGAACAGUCAUUUUGAGUUUCUCUCCAGCGUCCCAUCUCAGUUCUUGAAAGUCCUACCUGGGUUCCAUCCAACGCUCAAAGUCUCGGAUCAUAGCCUUCUCGCUUUCAUAUCUUCUAAUGGGCUUACCCUUUGUUUGCGAGAUUGGAUAGAGAGGCACGGCGACGAACUUAAACUUCUGGAACCUGAGACAAUCUAUUUCCCCCUUCUUAGUACCUUAGUUUUUUCCCCGGGGAGCGGGGAGUUCCAUGAGAGACACUUGAUUACAGCGCGUCUGUUGCUCGAGAACGGCUUCAAUAUGAAGCAGGAUGAUCUCUUCCUCGCCACACUAUUUAGAACAUUAUGGACCGCCGACAGAACGGGCUCAGACAACAUGGACUUUACCGAACCAGUUGCGCGUCAAUUGGCCGUUCUAGCUCUUGAGCACGGACAUGACCCAAAUCCUAUUCUGAUGCUGGCCACGAGAACGGGGCAUGAGUUACAAUGCACCCCCCUUCACAUUGCCCGGCCGCGGUUGGCAGAAGACCUGAUCCGCUUUGGAGCCAACGUCAACACGCGCGACUCCACUGGCCGUACGCCGCUGGACUGGGUAUUGAGGUUCCCUAGUGACGUACUUGCUCAUGUGAAUGGCCUGGAGUGGGGUUGUGCACGCCGGUAUGAGGCAUGCAAGAUAUUGACCAGUGCCGGUGGAGUGGCCGCUUUGCAGCCAGAGAGGGCGUGGGCAGAGGCGUUGGCUGACUUCGCCAAGGGCGGCCAUGACACUCAGGUGCUUCGUACCAACUUCCAAUGUUCUCGGAGAGGAGGAACAUGGGGGGGUUCCCUUUCUCAGUUGUUCUCGUUUGGGAGACGGUGA